CUGUGUAGUGUCGCUGCGCUAUCAAAUCCAUCGCUCCCGAUUUUGUCAUGUUUUGAGAGUCACAGAGGAGCUUUUUCCACAACUGGAAUAUGAGGAGACGCCACCACACAUUGCUGCCAGUGGAGUCUACGUUUGAAGGUGUUUGAAUUUCUGCGGGAAUUGACCAAGUAGGAUCAACCAAAGUAUCUGCUUUAAAUGCCCCCCAGUCGGCGAGAAUAGCCCUCCAGUUCCCACAUCACCCCACAUCCAUGUUGACUGCGGCAGCCCUCGCACUGGUCCGGGGCUACAAACACCACCAACCCUUUGUUCUUCCGUGCGCAAGAUCCAGCGAAAUUGUAGCAGCUUGUGGAAGUACCAUUGCAGAAAUACAAUGAUACAUCCCUGUUUCAGUCUGGAGGAUUGUUUACGCGUUAAAAUGGCUGCUGAAGUGGCAUUUGGAAGAAAGUGGUCUUGAAUCAAUGCAGUAACGUUACAUUACCCAGCAGAGGCCAAACUGCACAUAAGCUACAUGGGCUAAUAAAUAAUGUGUUGACUAGUCACAUUAUUAAACGAGUCAGCUCCUGAAAUAGCUUUUUUAAAUAGGUUUUUUCCAACAAGAGGUAGGGGAAUUUCCUCCCACUACAAAUCUAUGCAUGCGGUUAAAACAAGCAGCUUUUUUAAAAAACCACCUAGCCAAUUUAGCAUUUUCUUAGCCAUUUUGUGCAAAGCUUUUGUAAACAGGCGUAGCUAAGCCCUAAUAUAAGUAUGCCGUGCGCUCGAAUAUGCAGGACUUCUUUGUUAUAAACAAAACUGCCUGAGUAGCCGAGGCUUUCUCUCUAAAAGCAGACCGAAAGGCCCCGGUGUUUCACUCCGGCUCGGUCGGACCUGGAGCAACAAAAAAAAAAAUGGAUCCUGGGGGGAUAUGUAGGACGAAACUGUUUCUGUUUGGACCCGGACCAGCCGCACUUGGCAAUAUGCGGGGUCUCAACAAAUAUCUGGUGGUCUACGUUUUGUUUUACUUCGUCCUGUUCACUCAUGCCUCUCCGGCCAAACCGUGCGACAAGAAUUGCCUCUCUGGAAAAUGUGUCAACGGAUCCUGCGUCUGUGACCGAGGAUGGGUGGGAGACCAGUGCCAGCAUUGCCAGGGGAGGUUCAAGUUGACGGAGCCCUCAGGAUACCUCACAGAUGGUCCAAUCAACUACAAGUACAAAACAAAGUGCACCUGGCUCAUUGAGGGCUAUCCAAAUGCAGUUCUUCGGCUAAGAUUUAACCACUUUGCCACAGAAUGCAGUUGGGACCAUAUGUACGUGUACGAUGGGGACUCGAUAUUUGCCCCUCUGGUUGCUGUUUUCAGCGGUCUCAUCGUGCUGGAAGUACGAGGAAAUGAAACGGUUCCUGAAGUUGAGACGACUUCAGGCUACGCACUACUACACUUUUUUAGCGAUGCUGCCUAUAACUUGACAGGAUUUGAAAUAUUUUACUCGGUCAACUCAUGUCCCAACAACUGCUCCGGCCAUGGGAAGUGCACGCCCGGUAACUCGGCAGCCAGCAGAGUGUACUGUGAAUGCGACAAGUACUGGAAAGGGGAGGCCUGUGACAUCCCAUACUGCAGGAACAACUGCGGCAGCCCUGACCACGGGUACUGCGACCUCACCGGCGAGAAGUUGUGCGUCUGUAACGAGAGCUGGCAAGGCCCAGACUGUGCUCUAACCGUUCCCUCGACGGAGUCCUUCUGGGUCCUACCAAGCGUCAAACCCUUCGGGACAUCACUCGCCAGAGCUUCCCAUAAGGCCGUGGUGCAGGAGAAGGUCAUGUGGGUGGUGGGCGGAUACACCUUCAACUACAGCUCGUUCCAGAUGAUUCUCAACUACAACCUGGAGAGCGGCAUCUGGAACACAGUUCCCAUCAACAGCGGCCCUGUGCCAAGAUACGGCCACUCACUUGCUGCCUACCAGGAUGAUAUCUUUAUGUUUGGAGGGAAACUGGAGGCCGGCUGGGGGAACGUGACGGACGAGCUGUGGGCGUUCAACAUACUGAGUCGGACGUGGCAGCGGAGAAACCCCGCGGUCGGCCCUCAGGCUCAGAUUUACGCCGUGGAGGGUCACUCGGCUCACUGCGUCCUGCUGGAGGAGGGCGAGGCCGUUAUGCUGGUCAUCUUCGGCUACUCCUCCAUCUACAGCUACGUCAGCAACGUUCAGGAGUACAACCUGAAGUCCAACACGUGGUUAGUGCCUGAAACCAAAGGAGCUGUUCCUCAGGGAGGUUACGGUCACAGCAGCACAUACGAUGUCGCCAGUGGAAGUGUGUAUGUACACGGCGGCUACAAGGCGCUGCCCGCCAACAAAUACGGCCUUGUGGACGACCUCUACCGAUAUGACGUCAACACCCGGACAUGGUUCAUUUUAAGAGAAAGCGGCUAUCCUCGGUACCUUCACUCGGCUGUGCUCCUCAGCGGUACCCUCCUCUUCUUCGGAGGCAACACACACAACGACACUUCCCUCAGCAAUGGGGCCAAGUGUUUCUCAGCGGACUUUCUCGCAUACGACAUCGCUUGUGAUGAGUGGACGCUGCUGUCUAAACCAGACCUGCACCGGGACGUCAACCGCUUCGGUCACUCUGCUGUGGUCAGCAAUGGGUCCAUGUAUGUGUUCGGAGGCUUCUCUGGCAUGCUGCUCAACGAUGUGCUUGUUUACCGACCCCCCAGCUGCCAGGCCUUCUUGGCAGAGGAGGGUUGUGUGCAGGCCGGGCCAGGGGUCCGCUGCAUCUGGAGCAGUGGCCGCUGUCUCCCCUGGGAACCCAGCAUGACCACUGAAAGCCUCGCGCCUGCCUCUUUCUGCCCCCCUAAAGCUGUCACAGUGGACGAGCGGUGCUAUCGGUUCUCAGACUGCGCCAGCUGUACAGCAAACACCAAUGGGUGCCAGUGGUGUGAUGACAAGAAGUGCAUCUCUGCUUCCAGCAACUGCACCUCUAACGUGAAGAACUUCACAGAGUGCCCUGUGAGGAACGAGCAGGUGUGCAGCAAGCUCGCAAACUGCAAGAGCUGCUCUCUAAAUCUCAACUGUCACUGGGACCAGAAUCAGUCAGAGUGUCACGCUUUACCUGCCCAGCAGUGCAGCGAGGGAUGGAGCCAGGUGGGGGAGGCCUGCCUGAGGAUCAACUCCAGCCGGGAGAGUUACGACAAUGCCCAACACUACUGCAAGAACCUCAACGGGAACAUCGCCUCGCUCACCACCUCCAAACAAGUGGACUUUGUGCUUGAGGAGCUUAAGAAGCUGCAGCAACAUGACAAGCGGCUGUCUCCCUGGGUGGGUCUGAGGAAAAUCAAUGUGUCAUACUGGGGUUGGGAGGACAUGUCGCCCUUCACCAACAGCAGCCUGCGCUGGCUGCCUGGUGAGCCUAGUGACUCUGGUUUCUGUGCGUACCUUGAGGAGCCUCAGGUGUCCGGCCUUAGGGCCAAUCCAUGCACCGCCACAGCCCACGGCCUCAUCUGUGAGAAAGCAACUGGAAACCCUAAUCAGAGCAGCCGUCCCUCCUGUAAGAAGCCAUGCUCGCUGCACACAAACUGUGCCAACUGCACCAGCCAGGCCACAGAGUGCAUGUGGUGCGGCAGUGCUCAGCGCUGCGUCGACUCCACCGCUUAUGUCAUAUCUUUUCCUUACGGCCAGUGCUUGGAGUGGCAGACCGGAGAGUGUUUAGCCCAGAACUGUUCCGGCCUUCGGACCUGUUCCCAGUGUUUGGAGCAGCCCGAGUGUGGCUGGUGUGGAGACCCCAGCAGCACGGGUAAGGGGCUCUGCAUGGAGGGCUCCUACCGGGGCCCCAUGAAGAGACCAGCAAAGCAGGGCCAGCUGAGCCAGUCCCAGGAAAUGAGCCUGGAGCCGGGCAGCUGCCCCAAAGACAAAGGCUACGAGUGGGCCUUCAUUCACUGCCCCGCAUGCCAGUGUAACGGCCACAGCACGUGUGUGAAUGGCAGCGUGUGCGAACAAUGCCGCAACCUCACAACCGGCCCCCACUGCCAGACCUGCAUGCCUGGUUUCCAUGGAGACCCCACAAAUGGUGGCAAAUGCCAGGCCUGUAAAUGUAACGGCCAUGCAAACGUGUGCCAGGUGUUAACUGGCAAGUGCUUCUGCACCACCAAGGGGAUAAAAGGAGACCAGUGCCAGCUAUGUGACUCAGAAAACCGUUACCUUGGCAAUCCACUCCGAGGAACCUGUUACUACAACCUCCUGAUCGACUACCAGUUCACCUUCAGUCUCAUCCAAGAAGAUGAUAAUCACUACACUGCCAUCAACUUCAUGGCCUCUCCUGAGCAGGCUAACAAGAACUUGGACAUGUCAAUUAAUGCAUCCAACAACUUCAACCUCAACAUCACCUGGUCUGUGGGAUCAACAGCUGGAACCAUCUCUGGAGAGGAGGUGCCCAUCGUGUCCAAAACAAACAUCAAGGAAUACAGAGACAGUUUCUCCUGUGAGAAGUUCACCUUCAGAAGCAACCCCAAUAUCACCUUUUAUGUCUACGUCAGUAACUUCUCAUGGCCCAUCAAGAUCCAGAUUGCUUUCUCCCAACACAACAGUAUCAUGGACCUUGUCCAGUUCUUUGUGACAUUUUUCAGCUGCUUUCUAUCACUUCUCCUGGUGGCAGCAGUCGUGUGGAAAAUCAAACAGACCUGCUGGGCUUCAAGGCGGAGAGAACAACUUAUGAGGGAGCGUCAGCAGAUGGCCAGUCGUCCGUUCGCCUCGGUUGCUGUUGAGCUGGGUGGCCAAGGAGAAGAGACAGCCCUGCUGCAGCCUGUGGUUGAUGGUGCACCUAAACCUGUUGCGAUGGAGCCAUGCUCAGGAGGGAAAGCUGCCGUGUUGACCGUCCUCGUACAUCUCCCCUCUGGGCCCUCAGGCUUACCUCCACCUGGACAGUCAGGAAUCAUCGUUGCCAGUGCCCUGAUAGACAUCUCACAGCAGAAACCAACAGAUUUUAAGGACAAGUCGCAGGGUUUAAAGAACCGAAAAGCCCAUCCUCCAGCACAUCAAGGCACCUGCGUCUGAGUCCCGCAGUUGAAUGGAUUCUUAAAAAACCAUCUGAGGUCGGAUUGGUCAGACGUUGCCCAUUCUGAGGCUUUUUCAAGAGACAAACGUGGCUGCUAACACUCAAUGAAACUUGCCAAGUCCGAGGGGCACAAUCCUUCCUUCACCUUUCCUGCCCACUUCUCCCAUUACUGGAACUACUUUUCCUCCACCUUCUGGACCUCAAGCUCCUCCUUUCCUCAUGAGCAGUCAGCUUGUGCAAGGAGGGACUCUGCCUGAUCAGUUACAUCACCAGAGACAUCCUGCAUCUGUUGAAAGCUUCAGCGUCAGUAUUUUGCAACACCUUUUUAGAUGGAAAAGCAAAGUUGUCUGUAUUUGGGUUCUAUCACAGUUUACCCGAGUUGAAACACAUUAUUUAAAAAAAACAUGCUACCUGCGUUUUAGCUUCUUUUUUUUUUUGCUGGCCAACAACUGGUAUUCUACGGUGCUAAUGCAUUUAGUUUCUAUGACACGCCUUUGAUGUAUGAACUCAAUACAUUCUGCCUUUUAUAGGGAAUUCCUAUUCCUUUGUUACACCCCAUAACCACAUGCUAGUGUUUUGACAACGGAGAGUAUUUAACAAGCCACUUUCACCAAUUAGUAUUACGGUUGAUUUUAGCAUUUACUGUACAUAUGUAUCAUCCACCCAGCUGAAGCUAAAGUCUGUAAUUUCUGAGGAAUGGAAAGCUGCAGAGAAAUGAGACUGAAAAAAACCCACAACCUGCAGCAUGCGGGAGAGGACUGCGAACAGAAGAGAGGCACAAACAAAUCUUCAAUGCAUGGAAAACUCCAAAUCUUGAGGAAACAUUGAGAUGAUUUAAUUUGCAAUCUGGAGGUUUUCCUUGGUUACUUUUUUUUGUUACUCGCUGUUGAAGAAGUUACACGAUGCGAAGAAACACUAAAGUUCAGGUGACUUCUUUAAUGUUGUUUUGCUGUGCAACUUGGACAUUAAGCUGUCGAGCUUGACCUUGGAUUGGCGUCGUUAGAAGGAAGCCUGUUUGAACAAAAUAAGAGCAGGGGCAUUGUGCUGGCUGUGUACUUGUUGGUUUGUAUGUUUUUAUGUAAGAGCCCUCUAAAGCUACAACUUUAUUUCAAUCUAUUGAGUACAAGGAGUUCUGUUACCUUUUUUACAAUGCCUUGGCUUUCAUUGAACUCCUACGUGGGAGAAGGGGCAAGUUGAUGUGCAGUAUUUUAAAAAGCUGACUGUUUUUUAGCCCUGCCCCCAACCCCCCCACCCCCCCACCCCUGGGCUGUACAGUGUCUUGUUGGAACAAAUGUGAUUCUUUGUCACUCUUUCUCUCUUGAGAUUUCAUGUGUUUGUCAGGUUUUUAUGACAGUAUGGCAAGAGAUUAUCUUUAUUUUCCGGGCCUUGUCACCUGUUCCUAUUAUAUCUUUGAAUUGUAAGUCUUUUGCUACACUUGUGAAAAGAGCAUUUCUGUUAUUAUUUUUGUUUUUUUGAUAUUUAACAGAUUCCUGUGUAGUAGCGCAUUUAACUAUAUUUUAUUGUUUGACGUAAAACGGUUCAUUCGACGUCGGCUCUCUUUUGAAACUGUGCAUCUUUAAGGACUGUAUGGGCAUUGUAUUUGUGUUGCAACUUGUUCACUAUGGUGAAUUUCAUAAGGAUAGUAUGCAAGCUAAUGUGUUUUUUUAUUUUGUGUUUGUAGAGUAAUCCGAUAAAAGUGUCAUUACACAGGAAUCUGGGUCUCACCGUACCGUGAAAAAAAAAGAUGAUAAACUGCAUAUCAGUAAUCUUCAGUGUAUUUGAAAGAUGGACAAUAUGCCAGAAAAUAAAAACCGGGAGUGAACAUCGUCUUUGCACAGUGGCUUUUUUGAAAACAGUACAAAUAAUGCAGCCGUUGAAUUCUAAGGUAUAUUUCUCGCCUGCCUGUCGUAUUUUUUUCACACCAAGCUUCAACCUACAAUUUGUGAUUACAUUCUGGUGCCCAGCGUUCAGCACUGCUUGAUUGCCCCAACUAAAGAUAAUUAUUCCCUCUGAGUGUGUGUCGCAAACACCAGCCAAACACAGACCUGAUGGUUGUGUUUUGUGCACGGAAACAGUGAACAAGAGAAAUCGACAGGGAAAGUUGCUGUACAGUGUAUUUUCUACAGAUUUUUCUUCUGGUAUAAAAUUGAACUAUAUGAUCUUCUUAAAUGUUUAUGAAUGUAUGUAAUAAAAUAAUUUUGUUGGAGCAUUA